CAUCCCUGAAACCCAAUCGCCAAACCCACAAAAAAAAAAAACCCCUCUGCUUCUCUCAUUCCCCUCUGAUCCUCUUCAGUUUCCAACUCUUCGAGUUUCAAGAAUGGCUCCUGAAGUUGCGAAGGAGGAGGAGAAAAUGGCGGGGGUGAAAAUCCUGAGCAAAGCCCAUGUCAAGCCCAGGAAACCAAUCGGAAGGAGAGAGUGCCAGUUGGUCACAUUUGAUCUUCCUUACAUAGCCUUCUACUACAACCAGAAGCUGUUGAUUUACAAAGGAGGGGAGUCUGACUUUGAGGGCACGGUGGAGAGGUUGAAGGAUGGGCUGGGGGUAGUUCUGGAAGAGUUUUAUCAGCUGGCUGGGAAGUUGGGGAAAUAUGAGGAUGGGGUGUUUAGGGUGGAGUACGACGACGACAUGGACGGCGUGGAGGUGGCGGCGGCGAAGGCGGAGGGGAUCGAGGUCGCCGAUCUCGCGGUGGAGGAGGGCACUGACAAGUUGAAAGAGCUGGUGCCGUACAACGGGAUUUUGAAUGUGGAGGGGCUUCGCCGGCCGCUUUUGUCGGUUCAGGUCACCAAGCUCAAAGACGGACUAGCGAUGGGGUGCGCGUUCAACCACGCGAUCCUCGACGGCACCUCCACGUGGCACUUCUUGGGCUCGUGGGCCGAGGCCUGCAACGGAGCCCAAUCCGUCUCGGCCCCUCCGUUCCUCGACCGCACCAAGGCCCGCAACACGCGCGUGAAGCUCAACCUCCCGAUGCCUUCCGAGCACUCCAACGGCGACGCCGCCAGCCCGCCGGGCCCACCCCUCCGCGAGAAAGUCUUCAAAUUCCCCGAGUCAGCGAUCGACAAGAUCAAGUCCAAGGUCAACGACUCGAACCCCAACCCGAAGCCGUUCUCCACGUUCCAGGCCCUGUCCUCGCACGUGUGGCGCGCCAUCACGCGCGCGAGGGGCCUGAAGCCGGAGGACAUAACCGUGUUCUGCGUGUUUGCCGACUGCCGCAAGAGGGUGGAGCCGCCGAUGCCGGAGAGCUACUUCGGCAACCUGAUACAGGCGGUGUUCACAGGGACCGCGGCGGGGCUGCUGGCGGCGCACCCGCCGGAGUUCGCGGCGGGGACGAUACAGCAGGCGAUCGGGGCGCAUGACGCGAAGACGAUCGACGCGCGCAACGCGGAGUGGGAGGCGAACCCGAAGAUAUUCCAGUGGAAGGACGCGGGGGUGAACUGCGUGGCGGUGGGGAGCUCGCCGCGGUUCAAGGUGUACGACGUGGAUUUCGGGUUCGGGAAGCCGGAGAUCGUGAGGAGCGGGAGCAACAACAGGUUCGACGGGAUGGUGUAUCUGUACCAGGGGAAGAGCGGUGGGAGGAGCAUUGAUGUGGAGAUCAGUUUGGAGGCCGGUGCCAUGGAGAAUCUGGAGAAGGAUGAGGAGUUUCUCAUGGAGGUGGUGGCUUGAGAACUCAAAAAAAAACUAUUGAGAUAUAUGUAGGUAUGUGUUGUGUAUUGUGUAUUGUGUAUUUUCAUAUCAAAUAAUGCUACCCUCGCAAAGAUUUACCACAAUCAGCCGCAACUGCUGAUUCUGAAAUAAAGAAAACGGUAAUGUCAACUUUUUUAAGGCGUGUUGAGUCAGCAGUUGUGGUUGAUUGCGGUAAAAAAUUGUAUGUGUAGCAUUAUUGUUUCCACACAGGAGAGUGUGCUAAUUUGUGUUGUUUUUUAUUUCCCUUUUUGAAUUUGCUUUUGAUGUGGGUUUAUGUUGUCUAUUUUCAACUGGGGUAAUAUCAGGUCGGAAGACUUGGAAGUUGGUUUGAGUUUUACAUUGACAUCUACUAGUAGUAAUUAAGGGGGUGUUGGACAAAUAAAUCAAAGUGUCUUAUUUUUUGUUCUUA